CGCGGUUCAUAAAAUACUCAAGACCUCCAACAACUCUGAGAUCAGCGUUUGACAAAUUUGACACUCUCUCACAGCUAAAGUCUGAAGCUGUGCCCCACCAAACAACGUCUCUCUCUAGAACGAAAUGAAUGCCAACGUCUCUUUCUCUCUCCCGCCUGCGAACGUUUUCCACCGACUAAGCCUCUCUCUCUCUCUCUCUCUCACUCUCUCUCAUGGACGGCGUCUCGUUCCUCUCUUCUCCAACGAGCAGCCAUGACUCUGCAGUGGAGAACCUCCUGACUGAGAUUCUUGACGUCGCUGCCAUCGAGCAGAUACAGCAACUUCCUUCUCCCUAUGAAUCAGCCAGCUCCGUGCUGCCCUCCCCAGUAGAGACCCGAUUCCAGCGCCUCAAGUCCUUAAACCAGACGACCAAAACCACCCAGUCACCCAAGAAAGAAGAACAGGAAGAACAAAACCAACAACGAGAACCACCACGAUCACCUCCUCCUCCUUCUCCUCCUCCCAAUCCUUCCCAACCUGAUACCCCACAAAAGGCCUCCGCAGGAACCGAGCUUCCGGCCUUCAGUUCUCCCACAAAGCUCCCCAAAUCACUCCCCGCGAAGGAAUUCGACCAUUCCUGGGAUUCUCCUUCGUCGAGCGGUUCGUCGUCGCCUCCUCCCAAACAGGGCUGCUGUUUCUGGGCAUCGCCGAAGAAAUCUCUCAGGAAGAAGGGCCGGAGCGAGACAUACGACGACGGCGGCUGGGGGAAGGACGAUGAGAUCCUAACUGAUUUGGGCACCUUCUCGGUGAGAAGCCAGAGGGAGCGGAUGAAGGCGGCCCUGAAGGAACAGGAGAAGAUGAGUAAGGAGGCGGAGAAGGUGAUCAAGUGGGUGAGGCAAGCGUCUGCUCGGAUAAGUGUCAACGAUCUUGGCGACGACCUGCGCCGGAACAAAUAAGGAUGGGUGCGAGUGAUGAAGAAGACGAUGCCGAUGCUCUGGGGUUUCUUCUCUUUUCCCUUUUUUCAGCAUUUAAGUCCUUUUUCUUUUCCUUGUUUCUUCAGAAGGUCUCACAAGGUCUAAGCCGUAGGUUUUGGCUGCAAAGCAAGCAACUGUCCGCCUUGGUAUACUGGUUCCUUCGUGUCUGUCAUCGAAUACGUGUAUAAAUACAUACAUACAGAGUAAAGUGUUUAUUGGAUUAUAGGAUUACAAUAGAAGAGUUGGUUGUAAUAGGUUGAGGGAAGAUAUCUUAAUGCUAUUACUGGAUUGCAAAGA